AUGAAUGUUAAGUUAUUUGUGGCGUGGACAAUCAUUUCAUGCCUAAUGAAAUUAACAAUGGGAUUGAAGGUCGGAAAUAAUCAAGAACUUGAAGCUACUUUUACAAGAAUUAAAAGAUCACUAGUUCAUCAAGAUAUAUUUCAGAUUAAUCCUCAAAUAGUCGACCAAACUAAACCUGGACAUGGCAAUGGUGAUGAUGACGAUAACAAAGAAUGCCCGCCAUGUUUCAAUUGUAACUUACCAAAUUUCGAAUGUACUCAAUUUUCUCAAUGUAAUACAUUUACAGGAAUGUGUGAAUGUCAAGAUGGAUUUGGUGGCAAUGAUUGUUCUGAACCUUUAUGUGGAUCUUUAGGCGAUGGUAAUUCAAAGAGACCUGUGAGAAAAAAGAAACAGUGUGCUUGUAAAUCAGGCUGGUCUGGAAUUAAUUGUAACUUGUGUGAAAGAGAUGAUGUGUGUGACCAAUUCAUGCCAGAAGGGUUAAAAGGAACUUGUUACAAAGAGGGUAUUAUAGUCAAGAAAUUCCACCAGAUGUGUGAUGUAACCAACCCCAAAAUUCUUUCUAUAUUGGACGGCAAGAUUCCACAAGCUACAUUUUCAUGCAAUAAAACGUCAGAAAAUUGUAAUUUUCAAUUUUGGAUUGAUCAGGUAGAAUCUUUCUAUUGUGAUUUGAACAGAUGUACCUUGGAUUAUGAUUUGAAUGCCAAUACUACUCAUUAUAAUUGUGAAGAGGUAGCUUGCAAGUGUUUACCCGAUCGAAUGCUUUGUGGUAAGGCUGGAUCAAUUGAUAUUUCUGAAUUUUUAACUGAAACAAUUAAAGGUCCAGGUGAUUUUACUUGUGAUGUCGCUUCAAAAAAGUGUCGUUUUUCCGAGCCAAGUAUGAAUGACUUGAUUCAAAGUGUUUUUGGUGAUCCUUAUAUUACGUUGCAAUGUAAAUCAGGUGAGUGUAUCCAUAAAAGUGAAAUACCAGGUUACACUAUCCCAGAGAAUCCAAAGUUCACUCUUGGUAAUUUGUUUGUGAUAAUUGGGGUCUUGUUGGUUUGUGUUUUGGCAGUUGUCUCUCUCUUGAGAAAUAUUAGUGAGUCGGCCUUGUUCAAGAAAAAUGGGUAUGAGCCAUUGGAUUCAGAUCCUAGCGUCAUGAAUCAAAACUUUGAGCCUACAACAUUGUCGUUUGAAGAUAUAAAGUAUGAGGUUGCUGGUGGUCGACAAAUUUUGAAUGGAGUCUUUGGGUUUGUAAAACCAAGAGAAUGUUUGGCAAUAAUGGGGGGUUCGGGUGCUGGUAAAACUACGUUAUUGGAUAUUUUGGCCGGUAAGAACAAGGAUGGUAUGAUUAAUGGAUCGAUUUAUGUUAAUGGAAAUCCAAUAGACCCAAAACAUUACAGAUCUAUUAUCGGGUUUGUUGAUCAAGAAGACCAUUUGAUACCUACAUUGACAGUAUAUGAAACAGUUUUAAACAGUGCAUUGUUGAGACUUCCACGAGACAUGAGUUUUGGGCAAAAACAAGCAAGGGUAAUUGAAGUACUUAACGAACUAAGAAUUUUGAGUAUCAAGGAUAGAGUUAUUGGGUCUGAUUUUAAAAGGGGCAUUUCUGGUGGUGAAAAAAGAAGAGUUUCAAUUGCUUGUGAAUUGGUUACUUCACCUUCAAUUUUAUUUUUGGAUGAACCCACUUCCGGAUUGGACUCUUAUAAUGCAAGAAAUGUAAUUGAAAGUUUGGUCAAGUUAUCACGUGAUUACGAAAGAACGGUUGUUUUUACGAUUCAUCAACCAAGAAGUAAUAUUGUAUCGUUGUUUGAUAAAUUGCUUUUGCUUAGUGAGGGGGAUUUGAUAUAUUCAGGAGAAAUGAUCAAAUGUAAUGAUUUUUUCACUAAAAAUGGCUAUAAAUGCCCACCAGGUUACAAUAUUGCCGACUAUUUGAUUGAUAUCACUGUUGAUCAUAACAAGAUAGUUAAAGUCUCUGAUGCAGAUUCUAGUAUUGCGGUAGUGUCAUCGAGUGAUUUGCAUGAUGCCAAUAUUCAUGCUGCUUUUUUGAGCACUAGAUCUGAGAGUCAAGUAGACACUACUAGUGAAUGGGAGCAUUUUGCUGUUCAUCGUGAUGAAUAUAACACUGAUAUUAUUGGGCAUCGUAAGUCUAAAGGUGGUGAAGAAGAAACUAUACUUCGUUUAAGAAAUAAAUUGCCAACUUUGUUCAUAGAGUCUCCCUCUGCAUUUGAAAUCAAGCAAGAGAUAACUAACGGUAAGGAAAACCCUCUACCAUUGACACAAGGCAGUCGGGAUAUCAAAAAGGCGUCAAUAUUUACUCAGAUCACUAUUCUUGCUUCCAGAACGUUUAAAAACUUGUACAGAAAUCCAAGACUAUUGUUGGCACAUUACGUUUUGUCCUUGGCGGUUGGGUUAUUCUGUGGUUAUUUGUACUAUGACGUUUCCAACGAUAUUAGUGGGUUCCAGAAUAGAUUAGGGUUUUUCUUCUUUUUGUUGGCAUUUUUUGGAUUUUCGGCAUUAACUGGAUUGCAUUCAUUUGCAACAGAGAGAAUUAUUUUUAUCAGAGAACGAGCCAACAACUACUACAAUCCAUUUAGUUAUUAUGUUAGUAAGCUUUUUUGCGAUAUAAUUCCAUUGAGAGUAUUACCACCCAUUAUUUUGAUUAGUAUUGCAUAUCCCUUGGUUGGCUUGACUAUGGAGCAUAAUGCUUUCCUUAAAGCUAUUUUGGUUUUGGUGUUGUUUAAUGUGUCGGUUGCCCUUGAAAUGUUGAUUGUGGGGAUAUUAGUGAAAGAGCCAGGAACUUCCACGAUGGUUGGGGUUUUGUUAUUAUUAAUGUCGUUGUUAUUUGCUGGAUUGUUUAUAAACAGCGAAGAUUUGAAUAUGCAAAUAAAAUGGUUGGAGUGGGUAUCCGUGUUUCAUUAUGCAUAUGAAUCCUUAUCCAUCAAUGAAGUUAAAGACUUGAUAUUGCGGGAAAAGAAAUAUGGAUUAUCUAUUGAAGUUCCUGGUGCUGUGAUUUUGAGUACCUUUGGGUUUGACGUGGGUGCAUUUUGGAAAGAUAUUUCAUUUUUAGGAGGAUUGUCUGCUGUGUUUUUGGGCCUAGGAUAUAUAUUUUUGGUUUAUUUUACAGUUGAGAAAAGAUAA